CCCGCGCGUCUGCGCCCCCGACAGGCGGCUCAUUUGCAUGAGGAGCUGCGGCGGCCAAUGACCGCGUGCGACCGGGCAUGCUGGGAUCGGGCUGGGCAGGCUGGGCCGCGGCGGCGGGCGGAGGGCGGCUGGAUCGGUCUGGGCGGCCGAGGCGGCAGCUGCGCGGCGGUACUGGGGCGGCCGCGGCGCUCUUGGAGCCCCGAGGGCUCGCGGCCCGGGCAGCUCGGUGUGCGCCCUCGGGGGAGCGGGGGUUCCAGGCCCGCCGGACACCAUGAACCACCUGAGCUGCCGCCCUCCCUGCCUGUGUUCCCACAGCCUCUCUGAGUGCCCAGCCCUGCCUGGUGGGGCCUCUGCCAGCCUUCCCUGGGCCACCCUCCUAAGAGAACGUACUGGCCAAAGCCCUCUAUGACAACGUGGCUGAGUCCCCGGAUGAGCUCUCCUUUCGCAAGGGCGACAUCAUGACAGUGCUGGAGCAGGACACGCAGGGCUUGGAUGGCUGGUGGCUCUGCUCACUGCACGGGCGCCAGGGCAUCGUGCCCGGGAACCGCCUCAAGAUCUUAGUGGGCAUGUACGAUAAGAAGCCAGCAGGGCCUGGUCCCGGUCCUCCCGCUGCCUCUGCCCAGCCCCAGCCCGGCCUCCCACAAAGCCUCCAUGCCCCAGCGCCUCCGACCUCCCAGUACACUCCCAUGCUCCCCGCCACCUACCAGCCCCAGCCUGACAGUGUCUACCUGGUGCCCACCCCGAGCAAGACUCAGCAAGGCCUCUACCAAGCCCCUGGCCCCGGCCCUCAGUUCCAGUCACCCCCAGCCAAGCAGACAUCUACCUUCUCAAAGCAGACGCCCCAUCACCCAUUUCCCAGCCCGGCCACAGACCUGUACCAGGUGCCCCCAGGGCCUGGAGGCCCUGCCCAGGACAUUUACCAGGUGCCACCUUCUGCUGGGAUGGGGCAUGACAUCUACCAGGUUCCCCCAUCCAUGGACACCCGCAGCUGGGAGGGCACAAAGCCCCCAGCAAAGGUGGUGGUGCCCACCCGUGUGGGGCAGGGCUAUGUAUAUGAGGCCACACAGCCAGAGCAGGACGAGUAUGACAUCCCGCGACACCUGCUGGCCCUGGGGCCCCAGGACAUCUACGAUGUGCCCCCAGUUCGGGGGCUGCUUCCCAGCCAGUAUGGCCAGGAGGUAUAUGACACACCCCCCAUGGCCGUCAAGGGUCCCAAUGGCCGAGCCCCAUUGCUGGAGGUAUAUGACGUGCCCCCCAGCGUGGAGAAGGGCCUGCCGCUGUCCAGCCACCACGCGGUCUACGACGUUCCUCCAUCAGUGAGCAAGGACGUGCCCGACGGCCCGCUGCUGCGUGAGGAAACCUACGAUGUGCCCCCGGCCUUCGCCAAGGCCAAGCCCUUUGACCCAACCCGCACCCCGCUGGUGCUGGCUGCGCCCCCUCUAGACUCCCCGCCGGCUGAGGACGUGUAUGACGUGCCGCCCCCAGCUCCUGACCUCUAUGACGUGCCCCCUGGCUUGCGGCGGCCUGGCCCGGGCACCCUGUACGACGUGCCCCGUGAACGGGUCCUUCCUCCUGAGGUGGCCGACAGUGGUGCGGCUGAUGAUGGUGUGUAUGCGGUGCCUCCCCCAGCUGAGCGCGAGGCCCCAGUGGACGGCAAGCGCCUGUCGGCCUCCAGCACCGGUAGCACACGCAGCAGCCAGUCCGCAUCCUCCUUGGAGGUGGCGGGGCCGGGCCGAGAACCUCUGGAGCUAGAAGUCGCUGUGGAGGCCCUGGCUCGGCUGCAGCAGGGUGUGAGCGCCACCGUUGCCCACCUCCUGGACCUGGCAGGCAGUGCCGGUGGGACCAGAAGCUGGCACAGCACCCCUGAGCCACAGGAGCCACUGGUACAGGAGCUGCGGGCUGCUGUGGCUGCUGUCCAGAGUGCCGUCCACGAGCUGUUGGAGUUCGCCCGCAGUGCUGUUGGCAAUGCUGCUCACACAUCUGACCGUGCUCUGCAUGCCAAGCUUAGCCGGCAACUGCAGAAGAUGGAGGAUGUGCACCAGACACUGGUGGCACAUGGUCAGGCUCUUGACAGUGGCCGGGGAGGCCUGGGAGCUACCCCUGAAGACCUGGACCGGCUGGUGGCUUGCUCGAGGGCCGUGCCCGAGGACGCCAAGCAGCUGGCCUCCUUCCUGCACGGCAACGCCUCGUUGCUCUUCAGACGGACCAAGGCCCCUGCGCUGGGGCCCGAGGGGGGUGGCACCCUUCAUCCGAACCCCACUGACAAGGCCAGCAGCAUCCAGUCACGGCCCCUGCCCUCACCCCCUAAGUUCACCUCCCAGGACUCGCCUGAUGGGCAAUACGAGAACAGCGAGGGUGGCUGGAUGGAGGACUAUGACUACGUCCACCUGCAGACAAGAACUGGCCUCAGCGCAGCCCCUGUGUCUUCCCUCCAGGGGAAGGAAGAGUUUGAGAAGACCCAGAAGGAGCUGCUGGAAAAGGGCAGCAUCACACGGCAGGGCAAGAGUCAGCUGGAGCUGCAGCAGCUGAAGCAGUUUGAACGCCUGGAACAGGAGGUAUCACGGCCCAUAGACCAUGACCUGGCCAACUGGACACCGGCCCAGCCCCUGGCCCCGGGGCGGACGGGCAGCCUGGGGCCCUCGGACCGGCAGCUGCUGCUCUUCUAUCUGGAACAGUGUGAGGCCAACCUGACCACGCUGACCAAUGCCGUGGACGCCUUCUUCACUGCUGUGGCCACCAACCAGCCGCCCAAGAUCUUCGUGGCACAUAGCAAGUUCGUCAUCCUCAGCGCCCACAAGCUGGUCUUCAUCGGGGACACACUGUCUCGGCAGGCCAAGGCGGCCGACGUGCGCAGCCAGGUGACCCACUACAGCAACCUGCUGUGUGACCUCCUGCGUGGCAUCGUGGCCACCACCAAGGCUGCCGCCCUGCAGUACCCAUCACCCUCUGCUGCCCAGGACAUGGUGGAGAGGGUCAAGGAGCUGGGCCACAGCACCCAGCAGUUCCGCCGCGUCCUGGGCCAGCUGGCAGCUGCCUGAGGGCAGUGACCCCCAAAUGGGGGCAGGAGAAGGGUGUGGUGGCCCCAGCUCCCCGGCCCCCCUCUCAAGAGUAGCUGUGCCGCAGGCUUGGGGACAGGACCCCAGCUGUGCCUCGGGCCUGGCGCUCUGUAUGCCCAGGAUAUGUAUAUAUUUAUGGUUGGGCAGGGCAUAGAGCCAUGUCCCCUCAGAGGAGCCGAAGCCCAGGGGCCAGCCAGUGGCCUCCCCCAUCGUGUACUGCAGGACCUCGUGCCACCCAAGGGCUGAGCCUGGCUCCCAGAGGGUGUCCUGUGGCCUGACGGGGCCAGUGCAGUUUGGUGUGUCCUCCGCCUCACCAGGAGAAGACCCUGAAGAACUAUUUUUCAUUAUUGAUUUUCCAAUCAUUUGACUAAUAGUCUCCAUUUAAAUAAAGUUUUUAAAAUGAA